AUGACCCUUACAGCUACUGCUAGAUUCCAUAUUGCAUUAAAGACACAAUCUCUGCCAACAAAAUUUUCGAAUUUAAGUGGAUCUAUUCAAGUAGGAGUUUCAACAAUAAACUCUAAAAUAACUAAAUCUAUAUCAAAAAAUAUGUUAGUUUGGAGAACUUUGUUUUGGGAUUUAGGAAGAAAGGUAAUGGUUGAUGUAAUUGAAAAUGAUAAUGAGGAUACUCACCAGGAACUUUGUGAGAUUUUUUUAUCAAUUCAAAAAAAAUUACAGCCAAGCAUUAUUGUUGAUAAAUAA